GCGGGUGGAAAUCUAGUUAAAAGUUUAAAACUGUAGUUUAAAGUUGUUGGGACAAAAUAUCAGUUGACAAUAUUAACCGGCCAAACAUAACACCCUACUCCAUUCUCACAUAAAUUCAUAGUUGACAAUAUUAACUGAACUCACCGCAUUUGAAAAAUGUAUAUAACACACAUUGUUGAUGUUAGCAUGCUGGUUAAUUUUCCACUUGAUUGAUUCAUAUGUUGGUCAUUUUUCUUCUCAUGAAAUUACACGUUUUGGAAUUUGUUUCAAACUAAGAGAAUUGGUCAUUGUCUAGUUAUGCUUCCCCAGUUAUUGUCUCAACUCUCAAGUCUGGUUUGAUAAGUCGUCGUACUCUUACGACUUAUUGGGUGGACUUUAGUUUUUUCUUUCGUAAGUCAUUAGAAAUUAAAUAGAAGAGUAUUUAUACGCUAAACCAACAUGUGCAAAGAGAUGCGUACGUAGACGUAUAAGAAAUAUGCCAAAAAUAUAAAUAAACAAAACAAAAUAAAAAGGAACAAUAUGGGAGUGGAGUAAUGGUAGAGAGAUAGGAAGGCAGAGCCGUAGGUUCCGUGAGAGCCAGGCUUGCACUCUUAUUAAUUUAUACAUUCGUUCACCAUAAGUAACCUCUAAGCCUCUACUUCCAUUUUAUUUUAGUGUUUUUGGCUUAUCAUUUAUAUUUUCUCAACGAUGGAAGAUCGCAUAAGAAUAUUCAAAACUAGUUUUGGUAAUAUAUAGCUGUUGUAUGAAACUUAUAAGGGAUAUACAAUAUAGCAUAUGAUUAGUUAAAAUUGGAUCGUUAUUUGUAUCAAUCACAAGAAUGUCAUAUAUUCAUUGUCAAUAACACAAGAAAAUAUAUAUUGAGUUAAAGGUUAGUUCCAGAUUAUUAAAAACAAUGAUAUUGAUCAGUUUCGGUAAUUAACCGAAAGAUGUUGAUCGCUUCGUAUUAGAAACAUUUGUAUUUAGAUCUCUAACCACAUGUUAUUAUCUUUUUAAGAGGCCACGUGAUUCUUUAGGCAUAACAGAACUAAUCCAAGAAUAGGUUGUUUAUACAGAGUAAAAGAAAGGGAUGUUGAAGAGACAAAUAAUACAUUACUCAAGUUAUUGUCUAAAUUUACACAUAAAAAUUGUAAUAGACAAUAACAGAAGUACUAAAAUUUAAGAGGUUGCUAAAAGACAAGUCCAACAUAUUCCACACACUUGAGAAUGUGUUGUCUCCCUUUGACUCCUCUCCAUAAAUCACUCUCUAUUUAUGUAUGCAUCUCUCCAAUCCACACACAUACAUCUCUCUCUCUCUCUCUUAACACACAUAAACAUCCUUAGUUUAUAUAUUUGUAAUCCUCACCAUCUCCAUCUUCAAAUUCAACUUUCUCUAAUUCAUCUUCUAGCUCUUCCCUCUUUAAUUACUUUUUUUGAAUCUAUCUAUAUAGCCAAUGGAAACAGCAGAGGAGGCGAUAUCGGCAGCUAAGGAGCAAGCCUUGAUCCUUAAAGGGAAGAGGACUAAGAGGCAGCGUCUGCAGUCCCCAAUCCCUUUCUCUAUCGUCCCUCCUAUGUCUUCUCAAGAACCUGAUGUGGAAGAAGAGUCCACCAGUCUUGUUUCCAAGGAGAAGAGUCUCAAUGAUGAUAUUAACACCAACAAGAAUGAUAACAACGUUUUGAUCAAUGGUGUGACAUCUCCUGCCUCUUCAUCUUCUAACAACAAUGCAACAUUAAAGACCGCCGCUGACGAGGAAGACCAAGACAUGGCUAAUUGUUUGAUCCUCCUCGCCCAAGGUCACUAUACCCCUCAACAACAACCACAACAAACAAGACAGUUUAUGAUGAGUUACCAAGAAUCUGGUAAUAACAACAACAAUGCGUAUAGAUCUAGCAGCAGAAGGUUCCUCGAGACGUCUUCACCUAAUGGAACCACGAGUGGAGGCAGAGCCGGUUACUAUGUUUACCAAUGCAAAACGUGUGACCGGACUUUCCCUUCUUUCCAAGCUCUUGGUGGCCAUAGAGCCAGCCACAAGAAGCCUAAAGCCGCAGCGGGUCUUCACUCCGACCAUGACCUCAAGAAGUCUAUAUACAACGACGCCGUUUCUCUUCAUCUCAACAACGUCCCCACCGCAACUCCUAACAACAAUAGUAGCCACAGGUCGCUUGUGGUAUACGGCAAAGCGGGUAACAAUAAAGUCCAUGAAUGUGGGAUAUGUGGAGCUGAGUUCACGUCCGGACAAGCCUUAGGUGGUCACAUGAGACGUCAUAGAGGCGCAGUGGUGGCCUCAGCAGCAUCCGCUUCCACCGCAACGGUUAGGGUUGCGGCCACUGCGGGUACAGCAAACACGGCCUUGUCAUUGUCACCUAUGUCGUUUGACCACAUGUCGGUUCAUCCGGUUCAGGGUCCGGUUAAGAGAGCGAGGAGUGCGGUUGUGUCGUUAGAUUUGGAUCUGAAUCUACCUGCCCCGGAAGAUGUGAAUCGGGUCAACGGGUUAAGCUUUGCUUCAAAGCAAGAACAGGAACAUGAACAUGAACAAACGCAACAGAGAGAAGAACAAAAGUCUAUUGUUUUGUCUUCGGCUCCUACAUUGGUGGAUUGCCAUUACUAAAUCAAAUAUUCAAUACCCAAAUUCGUUUAUUAAUUUUUUGAAAUUUUACGCAAAAAUUUAUGAACCAUUUUUUUUAAAAAAUUACUGAUUCCUUGCUUGUACAAGAAUUGCAAGAUUCCUUUUUUUUUACUUCAUUUCAAAAGAAAACCCUAUCAUUAUACAAAUGUGCAUAUGCAUAGAUGCUAUGUAAUAACAUCUACGCUAAUGUAAGAUUUUUUGGUUGAACAAUAAAACUAAAAAUAAUAUACUCCACGUUUUGUUACAAUACACGGUGUAUACAAAAAAUAUUUUUAAAAAGUAUAAUGUUAACUCUCUCAAAAAAAAAAUGUUACUAACUUUAUCAACGUCCCAAAACUCAUGCAAAUCAUUAGAAAAUGCAAGUUAUUUACUACAAUCGCAAUUCACAAGUCGCAACUAGGGAUGUCAAUUGGACGGACUGGGUGGAUUUGGGCGUGUCCAGAUGAGCUUAUUUUUUUCUGGACGUUUUUGGUCGAGCCCAAAUAGGAUCAUGUCUAAAUAGGACCAUAUCCAAAUAGGACCAUGACCAGGUGGACUGUCCAUGGAAUCCAAAUGUCCAUUUAAUGUAAAAUGUCUAAUUUUCAAACUUAAAAGAUGUACAUAUUAGAAAUUUCAUGUUUUACAAAACA